AUGACCUACUUGACGACUAACUAUUUAUGCUAUGGAGUUUCGUUUCCAACUUUGAACGCCAUAAGUUACGAAAGGUUCAUUGCACUGACACUCCAUCUGCGAUACAAAGCACAAGUUACCAAAGGCCGUGUUAUAGUGGUAACUGCCUUAAUUUGGAUCUUAAACACUUUCCUGACUUGCCUGCGGUUUGCUGGGAUCAACAGAUUGGUACGAGCAAUACAUAUGACUCUGUGGCUGUUGUGUUUGUUAAUCUCUGGCGUAUUUCAAUUUAGAAUUGUGGGCAUUGUUCGUCGACACCAAAAUGAUAUCCGACAACAGGAAAUCUUGAAGAAUCCACCUUACAUUGAUACAUGUAUCUAUCAUCGACAGCUGAAACUUGCGGCAAAUAUUGCUUACAUUGUUGGUAUUUACAUUUUCCUUAAUCUUCCACUUCUUGUAGCAACGACUUACUAUCAAGUAGUUCACCGAAAUCUUAGCAGUUAUAAUUAUUACAGCUGA